AUGCCUGUUGUCAAAGGCGGCGUUUGGACCAACAUAGAGGAUGAAGUUCUUCGUGCAGCAGUAUCGAAGUAUGGACUCAAUCAGUGGGCGCGUGUCUCAUCGCUUCUUGCGCGAAAAACCCCAAAACAGUGUAAAGCGAGGUGGGUGGAAUGGCUAGAUCCCGGUAUUCGAAAAAUCGAAUGGUCGAGGGAGGAGGAUGAAAAGUUAUUGCAUUUGGCAAAAUUGAUGCCAACACAGUGGCGCACUAUCGCACCGAUCGUGGGAAGAACCGCAACACAAUGCUUGGAGAGAUAUCAAAAACUUCUUGAUGAAGCUGAGGCGCGUGAGAACGAUGAGCUAGGUCUAGGUGGUCCUGGAGGCGAGGCACAGGCUCCGAGUGCAGAUGAUGUCAGACGCUUGAGACCUGGCGAACUUGACCCAGAUCCUGAAUCAAAACCUGCUCGGCCCGAUACGAUCGAUCUUGACGAGGAUGAAAAGGAGAUGCUGAGUGAGGCUCGUGCUCGCUUGGCCAACACUCAGGGUAAAAAGGCGAAACGCAAGGCUCGAGAGCGCCAGCUUGAAGAAUCUCGUCGACUAGCCGUCUUACAAAAACGCCGUGAACUUAAAAACUCCGGCAUAAAUAUCAAGGUUGUUACAACGAAAAAGGGUCAAAUGGAUUAUAACGCCGAUAUUCCUUUCGAGAAAGCUCCUGCUCCAGGUUUCUAUGACACUGUUGAAGAGCAAAAUCGAAAUGAACGACAGCGCGAGUUGUUUGAUCCUCGGAAACACCAACUAGCAAACAAGCGCAAGGGUGACCAGGAAGAUGACGUUGAGCGCAAGAAAAGGAAAAACGACAAGCAGUCAACGUCAGCGGCGGCUGCUCAAGCUGGUCGUAUGCAAAAGAUCCGGGAAGCUGAGCAACUUAGCAAGCGCCGCGCUCUGAAUCUGCCCGCCCCUCAAGUGAGCGAGGGUGAGUUGGAGGAUAUCAUCAAGAUGGGUAUGGCCGGCGACAGGGCAGCCAAGCUGGCUGGUGAAGAAGGCACUAGGGGCUUGAUUGGGAAUUAUGCUGCUAUGACUGGAGCUACGCCUAUUCGAACCCCGCGAGCACCUCCUCAAGAAGAUCAUAUUGCAAACGAGAUCCGCAACAUCAGAGCACUUACUGAAACCCAGUCGUCUCUCUUGGGUGGCGAAAACACUCCGCUUCAUGAAGGAGGGGCUUCCACUGGCUUCGAUGGCAUCGCUCCUCGUCGACAGGAAAUCGUCACACCAAACCCAAUGGCUACGCCGUUCCGGCAAGGUGCAAAUGGCAUUGGUGCUACACCCAUGCGAGGCGGUGUUGGCCCUGGAGCAACGCCAUUGCGAACGCCAAGAGACCAAUUUGCACUUAACAACGACGAUGGAAGUCAGAUUAUUAGCAGUACACCCCGGGAAGUGAGGAUGCGCGAUAACUUUAUGCGACAGCAACUUCGUGGGAAGCUUGCUUCUCUUCCAAAACCGAAAGAGACGGAAUGGGAACUUGAAGAGCUUCCGUCAGAGUCACAAGAGCCUACGGCUAAUGGCUACGAGGCGGAAGAGGAUUCUGCAGUACGCGACCAGCGGGAAGCAGAGAUUCGUCAGAAAGCAGCCGAAGCAGAGUUCAGACGGCAGACACAGGUUUAUCAACGAUCCUUGCCGCGGCCAAGCGUAGUUGAUGUCACUGCGCUUCUGGAACGUGUCUCGCAUAUUACAGACCCUAUUGAAAAUAUGAUUGCUAAAGAGGCCGCGAAGCUCAUUGCUAACGAUGCAAAGAAACAUCCACUUUCCGGUAGCAAGAUCAAUGGCAAGCCGCUUAGUCUUGACAAAAUCGAUGACAAGUGGCUUGAAUCUGCACGUGCCCAAAUUGCAAACGCUGUAUCUUCUGAAGACAUUAAAUUACAAUGGCAAGCUGAUUUUGAUUCAACUUGGAGCACAACGCACGAAAGUGCACUUCCCGGACUUGCCAUCUAUGACGAUGAUGAGGACGCUUUAAGACAAGAGCAGAAUAUGAUCAACGCAUUUGAUAAUGUUCAGAACACACUGGUGGCAACUGCGGAGCAGGACAAUAAGAUAGAGAAGAAACUUUCAUUGCAUUUCGGCGGAUACCAAGCCCGUGCGAAGACUCUACGAAACAAAAUAGUGGAAGCGUCUUCAGCGCUUGAGAAGACUAGAUUCGACCUUGACACAUUCCGCACAUUACAGGUCGGAGAAGACGCGGCACUUCGCAGUCGUCUCGAGCAGUUGCGUGAUGAAGUUACGUUGGUAGUUCGUAGGGAACGAGAGGCCCAGGAUAUGUACAAGGCCAGGAAGGAAGAACUUGACGGACUGCUAGAGGGUGGCGUGAAUGGAUGGCAUUGA